CAUACUGUAGGUCUUCAUUUCCUGUUUAUGGAUGCUAGAAAUAGACUUGUGGAAGACUUCUUCAAAAAUAAUUAGAUUUUGACACGAGCUGGCUGAUUAAUCUGGACUGUUACUGAAUUCAUAAAGUCUGUGGUGACACUGGGGAUAUUUGAAGAGCUCUGUUAUUACACUGAUUGUUCUGUACUCUGCACUGAAGUGAUAACAGCGGGUUCUCCUUUCUGGCUUUCAACCUCUUAUUCUGAGAAGAAACAGUGUAAAUAAAGUACAAUGAUGAAACGGAGGCAACAGAGGCUUGGAGCCCCAUCUCUGCGGAUCCAAAUCUCCUCUCCUUUGUACUCCCACUGCCGAGGAAGUGAUGUUCAUCAGCACAUGUUCUCCCCUACAUCUGCUCCAGGUCUACAACACCUUAAAAUCCCAUUUAGUGCGGAUUGUGCUCUCGCUACUUCUCCUUUAGUCUUUUACGUGAACCCACAACCCCAGAGCAACCCUGCUAGUCCCUGCUACAGCAAUCCGCUACAAUGGAGUUGUCGGACGAGCAACAGGAAGAGCUUGAUAGUAACAUCCAGCACAUCUCCAACACUCCCACGACCACACUCCCCGCUCCAUGGACAUACAGGCAGCAGUCCUUUGGACAGUCCCAGGAAUUUCUCUCCCAAUGCACCUGCUCAUUUUUCCUUUGUUCCUGCCCGUAGCCAUGGACACAGAGCAGACAGAACGGAUGGGCGCCGCUGGUCCCUGGCCUCUCUUCCUUCAUCUGGAUAUGGAACAAACACUCCCAGUUCAACAGUUUCAUCAUCAUGCUCAUCCCAGGAGAAGCUGCACCAGCUGCCCUUUCAGCCAACGGCAGAUGAACUUCAUUUCCUGACAAAGCAUUUCAGCACUGAAAGCAUCACUGACGAGGAAGGACGUCAUUCUCCAGCCAUGCGGCCACGAUCUCGCAGUCUCAGUCCUGGUCGUUCCCCGAUUUCCUUUGACAGCGAAAUAGUAAUGAUGAAUCAUGUGUACAAAGAAAGGUUUCCAAAGGCCACAGCACAGAUGGAGGAACGGCUGGCUGAGUUUAUUGCUUCUAAUGCUCCAGAGAACGUGCUGCAAUUAGCAGAUGGGGUCCUAAGCUUCAUUUAUCACCAGGUUACUGAGCUGUCCAGAGACUGCCUGGAUAAAUCACGUGAAGGACUUAUUACUUCCCGGUACUUUUAUGAGCUGCAGGAGAACUUAGAGAAACUCCUACAGGAUGCCCACGAGCGAUCAGAGAGCUCAGAGGUGGCUUUUGUUACCCAGCUUGUGAAAAAACUGAUGAUCAUCAUUGCACGGCCGGCGCGACUGCUUGAGUGCCUGGAGUUUGAUCCCGAAGAGUUCUACCAUCUGUUAGAAGCUGCUGAAGGUCAUGCCAAGGAAGGGCAAGGAAUUAAAUGCGACAUUCCUCGUUACAUUAUCAGCCAGCUGGGCCUUACCCGGGAUCCCUUGGAGGAAAUGGCCCAGCUGAAUAGCUAUGACAGUCCAGACACUCCAGAAACAGAUGAUUCAGUUGAGAGUCGCGGGGCCCCUCUACAGUCAAAGAAAACUCCCUCUGAAGAGGACUUUGAAAACAUUAAGCUAAUCAGCAACGGGGCUUAUGGGGCUGUGUAUUUGGUGCGGCACAAGACUACCCGCCAGCGCUUUGCCAUGAAGAAGAUCAACAAACAGAACCUAAUUUUGAGAAACCAGAUCCAGCAGGCCUUCGUGGAGAGAGACAUCCUGACCUUUGCUGAGAAUCCCUUUGUAGUCAGUAUGUUCUGCUCCUUCGAGACCAAACGCCACCUCUGCAUGGUUAUGGAGUAUGUGGAAGGAGGAGAUUGUGCCACACUCCUAAAGAAUAUUGGAGCCCUACCAGUUGAUAUGGCCAGGAUGUAUUUUGCAGAGACAGUGCUGGCGCUGGAGUACCUACACAAUUAUGGCAUUGUCCACCGUGACCUAAAACCUGACAAUCUUCUGAUAACAUCCAUGGGUCACAUUAAACUAACAGAUUUUGGACUCUCUAAAAUUGGGCUGAUGAGUCUCACAACUAAUCUCUAUGAGGGGCACAUUGAGAAAGAUGCAAGAGAGUUCCUGGAUAAACAGGUAUGUGGGACUCCAGAAUACAUUGCUCCGGAAGUGAUCUUGCGACAGGGUUAUGGAAAGCCUGUGGAUUGGUGGGCCAUGGGAGUUAUCCUGUAUGAGUUUUUAGUUGGCUCUGUCCCUUUCUUUGGUGACACACCGGAAGAACUGUUUGGACAAGUGAUCAGUGAUGAAAUUGCCUGGCCAGAAGGGGAUGAAGCAUUACCACCAGAUGCACAGGACCUCACAUCUAAACUUCUCUGUCAAAACCCUCUAGAAAGACUGGGAACAGGUAGUGCCUUUGAGGUGAAACAGCACCGGUUCUUUAAAGAUCUGGACUGGAAUGGAUUACUUCGACAGAAAGCAGAAUUUAUUCCACAGCUGGAAUCUGAGGAUGACACUAGCUACUUUGACACUCGUUCGGAACGGUACCAGCACCUAGAUUCAGAAGAAGAUGAAGACACAAAUGAUGAUGAUCGUGUAGAAAUUAGGCAGUUCUCAUCUUGCUCACCACGGUUCAGUAAGGUGUACAGCAGUAUGGAACGUCUUUCCAUCCAUGAAGAGAGGAAAACACCACCAACUAAGCGCAGUCUUAGUGAGGAAAAAGAUGAUCGGCUAGACAGCCUCGGUGGUCUGAAAAGUCGGGACCGCAGCUGGGUGAUUGGCUCUCCUGAAAUACUACGUAAGCGCUUGUCCGUGUCUGAAUCCUCACACACAGAGAGCGACUCCAGUCCGCCUCUUACUGUUCGUCGGCGUUGUUCGGGACUUCUCGACAUGCCUCGGUUCGCCAUCUCAGCUGAGGAAGAAGGACUUACCCCCAAAAAGCAACAGUCAGAUGGAACGUUACCAUCUACAGUACAGUUGCGUGAGGGGCUCCCCCUGCCAAUUCCAGAACAACCUGUGGAGCGAGAGCUGCAUUUAGAUGAGGACACUGGGCCAACAACACCCUCUUCAACCAUCAGCAACAUCAGCAGCUCAACCCUGACAGCUGGGAGCACUACAGAUUUCUCUGAUCAGCGCAUUCGUAGCAAUAGCAAUGAGGGACCAGAUUUUACCACUCCAAAAGCCAUCAGCGACUUGGCAGUACGGCGGGCACGGCACCGGUUGCUCUCUGGGGAAUCGGGGGAGAAACGUACCUCGAGACCUGUCAACAAAGUGAUUAAAUCAGCAUCAGCUACAGCCCUCUCCCUCCUGAUUCCCUCAGAUCACCACACUUGUUCCCCAUUGGCUAGUCCAAUGUCACCUCAUUCUCUAUCCUCCAACCCAUCUUCAAGGGACUCCUCACCAAGCCGAGACUUUUCUCCUGCUAUCACAAACCCCAAACCACCAAUCAUUAUCCAUCGGGCUGGAAAGAAAUACGGCUUUACACUUCGUGCUAUUCGAGUCUACAUGGGGGAUACUGACGUCUAUGCUGUGCAUCACAUGGUCUGGCAUGUGGAAGAAGGCGGUCCUGCUAAUGAAGCAGGUCUGCGGGAAGGUGAUCUGAUAACCCAUGUCAAUGGGGAGUCUGUCCAUGGACUGGUGCAUACUGAAGUGGUGGAACUGAUCCUGAAGAGUGGAAAUAAGGUAUCUAUCUCUACUUCCCCGUUUGAGAACACAUCAAUCAAAGUUGGGCCAGCUCGGAAGCCCAGCUACAAAUCCAAGAUGGCUCGAAGGAACAAGAAAAGCAAAACUAAAGAUGGGCAGGAAAGUAAGAAGAAGAGUUCUUUGUUCAGGAAGAUCACAAAGCAGGCAUCAUUGCUGCACACCAGCCGUAGUUUAUCUUCACUUAACCGCUCGCUGUCUUCUGGAGAAAGUGUUCCCGGUUCUCCAACCCACAACCUGUCCCCUCGGUCACCUACACAGAGCUACAGAUCUACUCCCGAGUCUGUACAUUCAGUUGGUGGAAAUUCUUCCCAGAGCAGUUCUCCCAGUUCCAGUGUUCCCAACUCUCCAGCCAGCUCUGGACACAUCCGACCCAGUUCUUUACAUGGACUAGCCCCAAAGCUUCAACGGCAGUAUAGAUCUCCGAGGCGUAAAUCUGCAGGAAACAUCCCUCUCUCACCACUAGCUCACACUCCCUCACCAACCCCACAGUCCACAUCGCCACAGCGUUCACCUUCUCCUUUGCCAGGGCAUUCAGUAGGCAGCUCCAGUAUUAUUCAGUCCUUUCCUGUAAAAUUACAUUCCUCUCCGCCUCUGGUAAGACAGAUUUCCAGACCCAAAAGCGCUGAGCCACCUAGGUCUCCUUUGCUGAAGAGAGUCCAGUCAGCUGAAAAACUGGCUGCCUCGCUGUCCUCUGAAAAGAAGCUGGCUUCCUCUCGCAAACAUAGCUUGGAUAUCUCCCACUCCGAAUUUAAGAAGGAGAUGCUACAAAGGGAUCCUAGUCUCCAAAGUUUACAGGAGUCUGUGAGUGAAGCUACAGGAGGUAAAGUUGGGCUAGCAGAAAAAGGGACGCUGCAAAAGCCAUCUUCCAGGAAGCUAGGUGCUAUUCGACAAGACAGAGUAGAGAGGAGAGAGUCACUACAAAAGCAGGAGGCCAUUAGGGAAGUAGAUUCCUCUGAAGAUGAAACAGAUGAUGGUUCAGAGGAUAGUCAAGAUGGGAGAAGAUUGGAGAGGCAACCCUUCAGAGGAGAACAGGGCUCCAACUCUUUUAAUGAUGAUAAUAAGUUUUCUUCUAAACUGGAAAGCAAAGACAAUCUGGAGGAUGAUGCUUUUCUAAGCGAUGAUCCAAAAGGUGCAGCAGACUUGCAGAAGGUAACUAAGCAGCCACCUAAGACUGUCUCAGAGGCACUGCGAAUUAGCAUAUCCCAGUCAGAGUCAGAGAUUCUCACCAGAACAUCUCCAGGAGAAUCUGGCAAAUAUGAAAAGCCACUGCCAGGAUCAGGAACAACAGCAGAAGAGCAUAAAUUGUUAGAAAGCAAACCCUUUGAGCACAUUAGUCAAGAAGAUGCCUCUUAUGCGAGCAUCAAAUACACUGAGGGGAAAACUAUGGAUUGCAUAGAUGAUACAAAGUGCCCACCUGUGGGAUUCCUUCAGUUUGAGCAAAGCCACUCUUCAGGAGUGUCACAUGGCAAAGGUGCACCAAAGGAGUCUCUGUUAACAGAAAUCAGUCAAAAAAAGCAAGAUACUAAACCUUCACUAGCACUUUCUUCUUGUUGCACAACGGGUAUAAAUUCUCCUCUAUCAAUAAGCCAAACGGACUGCAGAGAAACAGAUCACAAACAAGAACUUCAGUCUACAGAACAAAGCAACAGAUUUCAACAUCUGGCAAAUGUAAAUGAAACAUCUCCAAAAAGUCCUACUGCUGAAAAACACCAAAGCUCAUGCCAUACAGAGGGCUCUUCACAAGGCAAGAAUCAAUUAAAUGCUAGGAAAACUAGCCCAAGUAAUGCAACAAGUGCUGCACCCUCAACUCCACAUGUCUCAAGUUCCAGUGAAAAGGCCCUUUCGGUGUCUCAGUUAGAAACUGUAGCUCAAAGUGUGUUGGGCCCAAUGAAGCUUGACGGCUUGGGUACUAGAAAGCUGGAAACUGGUAAAGAGUCCCCGCAAAUGGACCUGUCCUGUAAAAGAGAUUCACAACAAAUAAGGCAGGAAACGUUAAAGGUGGGAUUAGGACAAGAAAGAGUGAAACCUCUUAGCACAGACAAUCUUACUGCAGCCUGUGCACCCUACACAGAGUCAACAAGUCCAGCAAAGUCUGGGGAGCCAGCAUGUUCUCUGACAGCAAAAAAAAAGCCAGGUUUUGGCAGUUCUAAAGCACUUGAAGCCUUGGGGGAUAACAGGAAAACUUCUCCAUCAAAAGAUCUUCCACAUGCCCCUGGAAAACAGAUUCUUAGGGCAUCUCCUCUGCCAGAUAGCAGUCUGAAGCUUUGUAAAGAGGAGACUCUGACACAGGAAAAAAGCAAAGAGGCUGGAGGUCAAUUAAAAAUACAAGACUUUCCGUUGUCACAUGAUAAUGUUGUGAAGAAAACAUAGCAGAGUCCCUGGAAUACGUGCACUCGAGUAUUCUACCUUCAGAAAUAGACUGCAUGUUUGAAUUUUGUAAUAUACACUAAUACGAAAUAGAACUAUGUACAUCUAUUUUUGGGAGGGUUGUUUUUUCAUACUGCUUUUUGCAUUUUUUUCCAUCCUUGCAAUUCUAUUUUUGUACACGGUGUGCUUGCCAUUUGAGGUCUCUUUGGAACAGGGUAUCUUUAAAGCAGAGCUAUGAAAUAGUUUGCUGACUUUUUUUUCUUUAUUUUGCCCUGAGUUUGGGGUGUGCUGUGCAUUUUCCUUCAGUUUUGUAUUUAUUUCAGAUCCCAAGGAAUUUUCUGUGCAAAAUAGGCAGCUGACAUUAAAAUCUCUCACUUUUUCAGCUUUCUCUUUCAAAUUGCAUUCGUUUCCCAAAUUUUUAGAUAUUUACAAGCCAGUUUGCCCUAUGGCAAGGAGAAAAAAAUUACCUUGUUAAUAGGUUAUCCUGCAAAUUCAAGCCCUCUUCAGCGCAACCCAGAUCCUUUUUUUCUCUGUCACUUUACAUAUGCUCCAGUCCCAUACACAUCUUAGAGUUCAUUGCCUCUGUAUUGUCAGUCUGGGGUGCAGGGAACAGUCCUGUAUAUUUUUUUAAACAUUAUUUUUUAAAAACCUGUUUCUCAAAUGAAAGCUCAAAGAAGCAAGUCUCCAAUCUGUAGCAUGUUUUGCUGGGAUGGUUUGUUUUUACUUUGUUUUACAGUACGCAAGGCACCUCUCUCUUCCAUCUUUUAACAUUUUAAUUGAGUUUUCUCCCUCCCUUUGCUGCCUGCCUUUCUAGUCUGUGCUGAUCCAGAACAAAUAGUGACACCGCAUGGAGGGACAUGGUUGUUUUUAAAAUAAUAAUGCUGAUAAUUGUAGCACCCCAAGUAAUGUUAACUUCAUGACAUAUGAGUAUUGGAGACCUCUCCCUCUUAGGAUGGAUCUAAGUAGUUCAUCUAGGGGAGCUUAAGUGUUUCUACCAGUUCUGAAAUAGAGCUUGAGAAACCCAGCAAGGGUUCUGAAUUUGCCUUUCUUCUCAGAGAGUGCUAUGAAGUGUUGUUUCCUUUGACUCAUUAAGUUAUGUGGAUGAGCUGCAAACAGACUUCAAAACAACACACGUGGUAUUUCAAGAUUUUACCUUUGGUGGCUAAACCAUGUCCACUGCUCAGUUCACCUGGUUCCAUUAAGAAUUACUAUUAUCUCCUGGAUUCUAGCAUUUCUUUGCUUUAAAUGUGACCAGUUCUGAAUAACAUUAUUUUUGGGAUGAUUAGAUCUGCAAUAAAGUGCUGACAAAUAUGUAGUAUAACAUAUCUCUGGCAUUGUAAGCCAUUUCCUUACUCUAGCCAAUCAAAGCCUACUGUCAAAGAAUGCUACUGUCAUUCAUCACAGAAUGCUCUUGGCUUUCACUCCAACCUUGUCCGAGUAUAUCUGUGUGUGGGUAGCCUACAAUAGCUGGUUACCCCGUACAUUGAUGUGCUUUGAUAGAAACAUUUCUGAAUGGUGACUGCACUUGCAGCAGUAUACCAGACAAAGAGUUGCAUCUAUUGGUCCAAUUUCAUUAUAUUGCUUUUUUCCAUUAUGAAAACCUCUUGUGCACUUUGAAUUUCUACUUAUUUUCCCUGAAUGUAUCUUUUGUAUAGGAAUACAAUUUUCCCAUCUCUCUUUCAACCUGAUUUAAUUCAUGAUACACAAAUCCCAAGAAUCUCUGAAUCCCUUGUCCUGCCUUUUUCUCUGUAACCAUUUGUUUCAUUUGUAACCGAUUUUGGACCAACUUUUGUUUUGGGGUUCUUUUUUAUAUUCAAGUAACUCUUUAUUCUAUAUGUGUGUGUGUGUGUGUGCGCGCGCACACGUUUACUGCAGGGCUGUUAAGAAUGCACAGGCUUCUUAAUGCACUAAGAGAAGCAUCAACACUCUCAAGCAAUUCAUAAAUAGCUCCAGCAGUGACUGUGUUAAAGGCAGACGUACUGUGUCUUUGAUCCUUGCACUGGAAUUCAUGAGCUAGUCAAAUGCACGUGGGUUUGUAAUUGUAAAUCACGACCUUUGUACAGCCCAAGCAGAAUCCUUCAUUACCGACCUCUUGACACACUCUUUAUUUCGAUAAGCAUGUCGUCCUGUGUUGAUUUCAAGACAAUCAUGAGUGCAGGUUUUGCUGCUGAUAACUGAUCUGACUGGUGUUCUUCCCAGUGGGUUGAUCCAUUAAGACGUUUUCAAGAAGAAAGGUCCAAUUGGUAGUACAGACUAAGAUAAAAUGUGCAUAGUCAGAAACUAAUCCACUAAGAAAUGGCUGAUAAUUUUUGGAAAAUCUAUUAAAUUUAAUAAUUUAUAAGAUAUGAACUUGUACCGUGGGGAUAGCCUUGUAAUGGGAGUGCUAUGUAAUGUCUGGGUUGGGUAUCAGAGUUAUAUACAAAGCACACCUAGAUCUCAUGGGAAGUAAUUUAUAUUAAGAUAUAACCCAAAUGGUCUUUGUAUGAACAUAUAAAAUAAGCAGUGACUCAUCCCUCUCCCAUGGCAUUCAUCAAUUGGGUGGAUGACAAAUUGCCCAUGAAAAAUAACGCAGUAUAAUUUGUGUGUGAAUAAACAGCACUGUGUCUAAAUAGUCUGUCAAUUCUAAUCUACUGAUAGUGUUGUGACCUUUUGCUCAGAUAUGGAUGGGGUCAGAGCUACUUGUCUGGGAGGUUACCAGGGAAGCUUCCAGAAGCCAUAGCACAUACAGCAGUCUGGAGAGUACUAGUGCUUGAGCAUCUUGCCUCUCCUGUCUUUGAAAAUAAGACUUGUUACAGUGAAUUUCAGUUUUAUCGCUCCCUAAGUAAUCACACCUGAGCAGAGGAGGAUUGUGAAGGAGCCUGGCACAUUUCAGCUUUUGCAUGAUGGCACCAAAGGAGUGUUUGGCCAAAGAAAGGGUAAGAUGCGUAUUUAGCCACUCGAUGUCUGUAUAGCAGAUGCAAAACAAUGGGUUCAGUUUUAAAAGUCCACCAUUUGAAAGCCCAGGUAGACUGGUGUUACCAGAAAAAGGUCCAUUACUGGUGCAGCCCCACAGUCCCUAUUCCUUGUCAAUUGGAAUUUCCGUCGCCCAAGGUGCCAAGUAUGCACAGUUCCCACUCUGUUAACUGAUGUCACUCUGGCACUUUUUAGCAAAGCUCUUGGGGAAAGCUGAGAGAAGAUUUCCAUGGAAAAUUGUGACGAUGAACCAGAUACGUGCCAAGAUUUAUCACUGGCUGAAAAACAAAAUCAUAACUUAAAGAAAUAGUCUUCUGACUCCAUCUUAGAGAUGGGGGAAAUGAGACAUUGGAAAUUAAUAUCUGUGGGGGGGGGGGUUAGUAUGGUUUUUCAGAGUGCAAGCUGAGUGUCAUUCUGGCUAUACAGAAGGGGAGAUAAAACGUGUGAGAGAGAGAGAGAGAGAGAGACACACACACACACACACACACACACAACCAUCUAAGCGCAUUACUUUCCUGAGUUUUUUUCAUUUUGUGGGUUUUGGUGUGAGUUGUUUUGUUUUUCUUUUAGUCGUUUUGGUUUUGGAAUUUACCAUAUAUAAUUUGUUCCCACCCUUGUCAUCCUUUUUUAUCUCUAUACCCAGCCGAUGCAUUCCUGCAGAAUGUUUCAUUUCAGUGUUAUUUCCCCUCUUGCCUUCUAACUGUAGCAUCUAAGAAAAAUGAAUAUUUAUUGUAAAUGUUAGACUGUAGCAUUGUAAUCACCACUCCUGGGAUUGAAUGCCAGAGGCUUUUAACAUCCAGUAUCCUAAAGAAUGCUUGUUGGGGGAUGGGCAAAAGGCGUGACCUGUGGUCUUGACAUCCACACUGCAUUAAGGUGUGAUUUAGAUUUUUUUUCUUCCUGCACAGGGAGGAUAAAGUCUUUUCUCUGGUUUUCUCUUGCUGGGUGUGAAGGAUAAUGCUGUACUUCUAGUAGAAGAUUUUGACAGACAUGUGUGUUUACGUUGUGUUCAAUUAUCAUAUCCAGGCGGCUGUCAGUGUGGCUUUGAAGCUGGGCUCUGGUGUCAAGCUGUGUUACUCAGCCCUUGGCUAGAUAACAGGAAGAUGUGGAAUUUAAGUGUUUUUAGAAACUUGAACAAUUGCCACAUAAUAGCGGUGCAAUAAUUUUUAUUCAUGUUGUACCUGCAUGUUGAUGUUUAAAUCCUCCUCCAAAAUAAAUUUUUUUACAUAAAUACAAA